ACAGCGUUUGGUGUUUGUGUUUAAAAAUAUCGCGAAAAAUCGAGUUUUUAUGAUAACAUGCACAUCGAACCGUCAAAGACAGCUGUGUAAGUGUCGUGGCCGUCGAUUGGCGUUCGACUUCAGUCAAAACACCGCCUACUUCGCCCCCGGUGACCAAAACAAUACCCGUUCGGCCCCACGAAAAUUCUCUGUACACUUGCUUUGGAAAAGAUUGUAUCUACAACAUUUUCAUAUAAGAUUCGAACAAUGAUCCCGCGGAAGUAAACCAACUGAAAACAGAAACCGCCUGAAAACCUCCCCAAAUGCACAACACAAACGCGAAGAUCGUGAGGGCGAUUCCGACCACGAACCUCAAUGAAAGCCGGACCGCGACGAUCAGCGCUUCGGACCUCAAUCGCGGCAACUACAUAUUGUUGCGUGGGACGAAGAGCUCGGACAAUGGUCACAUCCUACUACGUACCGAUAACCUGACCAACUCGAAGAGCGGUCUCGUGCUGGAGGAUGGUGAGGCGAAGCUGGGACAGAUUUUCAUACAGCAGAACGACAUAACCAAGGGGGUGCUGGUGCAGAGCGUCAAACGAUUGGGGGCGGGCACGCCGAUCUUGCUGUUGAGCGGGCACGACAACAGCAACGGGCACAUACUAAUACAGGCCGCUCCGGCUGACGAGAUACAAACGGUCGGCGAGAUCGAGGAGUCCAACGACAUUUUGGUGCAGGCUUUGGAGGGACUCAACGAAGGGGAGGCCAGCAGCAGCAGGAGUCUGUCUACGCCGAUCGGAUCAGAUGGAGAGCCCAUUAAGUUGCCGGAAAAUCUGGAAAGUUUGCCCAGGGCGGAUCAUUUUCCCACGCAAAGACACCGCUGGAACACCAACGAGGAAAUCGCUGCAAUUCUCAUCAGCUUCGACCGCCAUGCGGAGUGGCAGAGCAAAGAAGUCAAAAUUAGACCCAAAAGCGGCUCCAUGCUGCUCUACAGCAGGAAAAAAGUCCGAUAUCGUCGGGACGGAUAUUGUUGGAAGAAAAGGAAGGACGGCAAAACUACCAGAGAGGAUCACAUGAAAUUAAAAGUACAAGGGACCGAGUGCAUCUACGGUUGCUACGUCCAUUCCGCAAUACUACCAACAUUUCAUCGGAGAUGCUACUGGCUCCUACAGGUAAAUCCAGACAUUGUCCUCGUACAUUAUUUGAACGUUCCUUAUCCGGACGACAACAAGUUGGCGGUCAUAACGCCGAACUUGGCCCUAUGGGCGGACAAAAAGGAAUGGACGAAGGACGAACUAGUCUCCCAACUCAAACCCAUGUUUUUCAGCGAGGACGAGCCCGAUCUACACAACGAAUUAGAAAUUUCGACUGCGGAGACGGUAGAGGCAAUAGUCAGCCAGCUGAUGGAAAAACAACGUCAGGCCAGACAAGCGGCCCUAGUCAAACAGCUGGAGUGCGGAUGUCCGGACUCCACAUGUGCCGAUGGCAAGAGCUGUUCGCAUCCAAUGCGUCGCAUCACCGCCGCCAAGGAAGUUGUAAGCUCCCCGUUACCAAGUUCCAGUUCAAACUCGAGACCCUCCAGCAGUCUAGAUAAUAACAACCAAGUCUCGUCCACCACCGGAUCCAGUCCUUUAUUGUUGACGAACAAUAAUUCCCCGCGAGUGUAUUCCAGAGAUGCCAGGAACCAUCCAGGACUCAAGGCUAACUCUGGUAAAACUCCGCCGUUGGUGUUAAGUUUGUCGCAGAUACAAGGCGGUGGUGGCUUGUUGAUUUUGAACAGCAACGCAGGAAAUAAUGCUAGUCAUCAGAAUAUCGUCAACCCCGUAUCGGUGGCGAAUUUCGUUUGCAACACCAACCGGACACAACAGAAGGAGGCCAGAACUAGUCAUUUGGUUUUGAAACAGGAAGUGAUGGACACGAACACGUCGUCCUGCGCCCAUCCCACUAAACAGGAACUGAAGAAUAACCAAAGAGAAACCAAAAUGGAAAUAAACGAAAAUUUAAGACAAUCAAUGUUCGAAACCAUUUCAUACGGACGCCAGCAACAACAACAACAACAACAACAACAACAACAGCAACAGCAGCAGCAACAACAAACUGAAGUUGUCAUGUCCAGUGCACCUUCCACUCCCUCCAAGCACAUGGACACCAGCCACGACGAAGUGGUCGAUGACUUCAAGCACCAGAACUUCUGCGACGAAACUGUAGUACUGUUGGGCACCGACUCCAGUGGAUCGAUUAUAAGUAAAAGUGACGGUUCUUCCAUUAUCAACGGAGGUUUCUUUAAUGAAACCCUUGACUUAUCCCACGAGGACAUACAGAGAACUCUGUCUGCCAAUAUGCCUUUGUGUUCAAACGAUUUAGAUAAUCACCAACGACACAAUUCGGAACCGCACUCUAGGACGUCGCAGAACAAGAACCAAUCAGAACCGCCCCCACUCCAUCCUGAGAUUAAUCCCAUGGAUUUUAUCGACUCCUGCGAUGUCGUGGUAUCACCGACUCACGUCGUAGAUGAUGAUGUAUUCGUUAAUUUGGAUGCUUUCGACAUGCUAGGCGAGUUCCCUGAUUUGGAAGCUCUAGACUCUGGUCAUACCGCGCUAUUAGAUGUAAAUCCGUCCGAAACCCACCGCACUGUAAAAGAGCAGGAACAUCAGACAAAUAACGGGCAGAACACCAUGGAAGCUUCGGCAAAAAUCACCGACUACUCGCCGGAGUGGGCCUAUCCAGAGGGAGGAGUUAAAGUUCUGGUGACUGGACCAUGGCAUUCAUCCGGGCCCUAUACAGUCCUCUUCGAUACAUUCCCGGUCCCCACAACACUGGUCCAAAGUGGGGUCUUACGUUGUCAUUGUCCAGCUCACGAAGCCGGAUUGGCAACGUUGCAAGUAGCAUGUGAUGGUUAUGUGAUAUCCAACUCUGUGAUAUUUGAGUACAAGUUGCCACCUAGAGAAGAACAAGUGGCUGCUCCGGAGCCCAAGGUAGAGAGAUCCAACGACAACCUGUUAAAAUUCACCCUGCUUCAGAGGCUCGAAGCCAUGGACGACAGGCUUCAAAUCAAACAAGAACCCAACGACGGCGAUGGCGUUGAGGACACGGCUUUGUUUACUCAGCCAAACUUCGAGGACCGUCUGGUGACCUUUUGCCAGAAUAUGACAUCUCGCAUCUGGAGACACGGCGAAGAACUGAGUGUCUCUUGGUUCGCCAGCCAUAGGGGCAUGACUCUGCUCCAUUUGGCUGCCUCGUUGGGCUACUCCAGGCUGGUAUGUGCCAUGUUACACUGGCGUGCAGAGAACUCUUCUCUUCUCCUUGAAACAGAAGUCGAUGCUUUGAGCCAGGAUGAAGACGGAUUUACUCCUCUGAUGUGGGCUUGCGCGAGGGGUCAUACGGACACCGCCGUGAUGUUGUACAAGUGGAACCACACGGCCUUAAACAUGAAAAACACCGCCAACCAAUCACCUCUCGAGGUUGCGAAAAGCAACAAUCACGGCGACUUGGUCAAAGAGUUGGAGAAGUUGGAGUUAAGAAGGGAUAAGGCUAACAUGUUGUUACAUUCGAACAAUUCCUCCACAGAUGCUACAAAUUCGCCCACAGUUAUUUCUCCCGCUAGUUCAAUUGCUUCUUUGACUUCCGUGGCGUCCACCAGCAAGUCACAUGACGGAGUAUUCCUCAGACCAGGAGCAGUUACCAGUUGGUGUUACAGGAGCGAGUACAAUAAGUAUAAGAUUUUGAAUCUGGACUUGGACUCGGACUCUGGAUUGCUGGGAAAUGGUAAAAUGAUGACAUCUACACCCAGUCCGUUGCUGUCUGAUUCAUCAGCCAGCACCAGAGGACACAAUGGUCAAAAACUGAUCAAAAGACCGUCCAUCGACAGCGGCAUCCACAUGAGUUGCGGCCCCGCAUCCGAAACAACCCGGCCGAAAAGCUCAAAAAUGAGGGAGACACCCAAACUGUCCAAACCUUUUAGGUUCGAUAGGAGCAUGUCUUUGCCUCUUCACUCACCUCUUUCAAUGAAGGAAUCUAUAGAUGAGGGCUUUGAGGGCUCUGGAAGGAAAAUGGAUUUCGCUUUAUGCGAGAUAGGAAGCGGUCAGCGCAGCACUAGUCCCCUGAUCGACGUCGAGGCUGUAUCCGACGACGAAAGUGAUAUCCACAGCGGCGCCGUAGGGGAACAAGACGCCAGGGUAUUAACCUUAGCUGAGCAGAUUAUUGCUGCAAUGCCCGACAGAAUCAAGAACGAAAGCGAGGAAAUGUUACUGGAUAACAGUCCUGGUCCACCUGACACUAGCGAUACCCUUUCAGAUGUUUUUAUGGAGCCCCUAUUGGACCAGUCUUCUUCCAGUUUUGAGUCCACCGAGUUUAAUUUUGAGUUCUCAGAUCACAAUUAUAGAUAUUGUGAUGUGGGUACUCCUGGUUCAAGCCUGAGUCCAGCUUCUUCUAGUUGUCUGCAAUCGCCAUGUUCGUUCACACUGGACUCUCCAUCUCCACCUCCAACCACCGCGGACUUUUGUGAGUUCUUGCAAGCGUCCGGAACGGUUUUCGAGAAAGACUUUUCCAACUUAACUCUUUCAGAUCGUGAACAGAGGGAACUGUACGAAGCGGCCAAGAUCAUCCAAAAGGCUUACCGUUCGUACAAGGGCCGCCAACAGCAGGAGCAGGACAAGGAGCGGGCAGCCGCAGUAGUCAUCCAGAACUACUACCGUCGCUACAAGCAGUACGCGUACUACAAGCAGAUGACGCACGCCGCCAUGGUGAUCCAGAACGGGUACAGGUCGUACUGCGAGCACAAGCGGUUCAAGAAGAGCCAGGAGGCUGCAGUUUGCAUCCAGAACUACUACCGUAACUACAAGGAGCAGGGGGGAAGGGGGAGUAGAGAAGGCACGCCCGCCUCCGGGCUCAAACGUACUUAUUCCCAAAGAAGGCAACAUCAAGCUGCUAGAAAAAUCCAGCAAUUUAUGAGGCAGUCCAAAAAUAAAUUGCAGAGAGAACGAGCAGAAAGAGAGAAGCUGGGGGUCCAGUCAGUGGAUGUCCAUCAAAAGUUACAAUAUCAAGGGGGCUCUUCCAGUUGCAUAGGCCAAAAUAGCAGAUAUUUCUUGUUUAGGUCCGGUAAUGCCGCAACCUCGGAAGAUUCGGCAGAUUGUAAUAAUAAGUAAAAAAAGCUUGAUUUUUUAAAAAAUUAUAUAAGCAGGUAUAAAAUGUUAAUUUUUGUAAUAUACUGCUACUUGUAGACUCUAUAUUGUAUCUCUCUGAUAUAUUCUUAUAUAUUUACAAUGUCUAUUUUGGCUGUUAAUUGGUAAUUUUCAUGCAUUUAUACGAAUGCUAAGGAACGACAACAAAAGUGAGAUGAAAUUAGACGUUGUACGAACUUUAUUAUUUAUUAUUAAUUACUCUUAUUGUGUGGUUUCUGAGCUGUGAUUGUAGUUCGGUUACACUUUUUCAAGUACUCCUGCAAAAAAAAAAUUCGAUCAGUUGAUCAGUUUUUAAAACCACCUUCCAAAGCUAAGAAUAAAUUUUACCAAAUUAUAUUAAAUAGCGCGCUGUCUUCAAAUUUGGUCCUCUGAAACAUCGGAUAAUAAUUAUUCACAUAUUAUGAAUUAACAAUCAAUUAAUUUUAUUUAAAGACAAUUGAAAAAGUGUUGACCAAUCGAUAGAAAAAUCUAGUUUUUUAGUAUAGUUAUUCGAUCUUUAAUAAUUUAUUUCAGUAGUUGAAACAUUUGAAAUAUUAUACAAAUUUUGUACCUACGACUAUUUUAACUAUUUUUCACUGCCAUUGUAGAAUUAGAAAUUAAUGUUUGCGGAUAUAAUUUAAAUAUAUAUCUUCUUAAACUAAAGCAAUACACAAGUGUAUAUUUUUUGUUAACGAACGUUUUUAUAAUUAUUACACACUUCUGAAACAACAAAUACUAAAAUUAGUGCAAUUCUCAAUAAUGUUCAACAGGAAAUAUUAGACAGGAUUGUAAAUAUACUUACAAAAUUAUAAAAGCGUUUGUACCCGAAUUUCUAGGGCUUGACUUUCUAUAAAUUUCGGUGAAGUUCGCUCAUACAUAUCAUUAUAGUGUAAUAAAUACGUAAAUUAGAAAGAAAUAUAUAGUCAUAAUAUUUACCUGCUGUACAAUGAAUGGAAAAAUGGAAUGUGUAAAUAAUUUCGUUUGUGUAUUGUGUAACGAGACGAAGAUAAUAUUGGUGCUCAAUAUGACGGUAUGCACAAUUAUUUAAUUUAUUUUUGAUUAUUUCUUUAUUUCUUACGCGGUCUGAAACACUAUGGAUACGAAAAAGAAUUAAUGGUGGCGUUAUUUUUAAUGUUCGAAGAUUCUCAAUUUGCAUGGUUCAACAAAGGGGACACAAGAUCCGUAGUGUUUUAUGCUGUAGCUAAAUGGUUAGUCAAUUAUUCGAGGGGAAACUUUAUUUUCUAAAAACAUGAACUAGAAAAUAUGUACCUGCAGGCAGGAUUUAUUUCUUACAAGAAUCCCUCCUUUGUAAAUAGCUGUUGUUUGUUUUUGAAAUUUUAUUCUUUAAAACUAAAAAAAAAUAAUAUAUUUCUUAAGACAUUACAAGUAUUAUGUAAAUUUUAAUGUUGAUAUUUAUACAUAAUAACAGAAGGCUUACAUUUUUAAUCUGCAUCUAUAGACAAUUAUCUAGUGUAGUCAGUGCAGUUAAUAUAACAAAUAAAAAACUAGUUAGGUGAAUUGUAGAAUAGCGUUUCAAAAUAUUUUUUAAUCAAAUAUAUUUGUCCAGUGUAGAAGGUUUAAAAUUUUGAAUGCGUAAUGACUGGUAAAAUUUCAAAUAUCUAUCGCUUCACUAAAAAGCAACAACAUUUACUAUAGAUAAUUCCAAUACUUUUAAAUUAAUUGCCACAGACAUAAUAAUAAAUAAUUCCAGAUAUGUAGUUUAAGUCACUUUUUUGUUCUUUUCCUAGUUAUGUAUUUUGAAAUAUUUCCUGAAUUAAUCAUUAUCAUUCAUUCAAACAUAUCAAAAUACUUCAUUUUUUUUAUUAAAAUUAAUGACGUCAUAUUUUCAACAGGUAACUUGUAAUGAUUUUAUCAUUUUACAGAAGCAUAAUGGUUGCAAAAUGAGUUUCAGGAAAUAUUUUCAUACAUAUAUUGAAAAACGGUAAAUGUUGGUAAUUACAAGAACAAGAAAACUAGGGUUUGGAUUUCUGUCUUCAAAAAAUACAUGAAACAAUCAAAACUCAACAAUCCUUAGUAGUUAAAAACACUUAACAGAAUGUAUGGGUUAUUAUAUAAGAAAGUCUGACUAUUUGUAAAUACUUUAAGGGAACGUAUGUAAGUAUAUCGAAAGGAAGAAGCUUUUUUGUAAAAGGAUUAUAAACAACAACACCAAAAAUAUCGAAAAUUGUAAAUUUGUAUUUUAAAGAAGAUUUAAAAAAUCAAUAUCUGUAGGAUAAAGUUUUAUUGAACAAUUAUAUAUUCAAAUUAAAUUUUAUAUCUAUGAGGUUACAUUACCUUGAAAUGUAUUAAAAAUAUACUGUAGUGAAAAAUUUAUUUUAGAAGGUAACGAUAAUUUCAUAAUUAUUCAAUAUAUAAGCUUUAAAAACAAACCUAUUAAAAAAUAAUACAGUUAAAAUAGUAGUAUUUAUAAGGUAGAUAAUUUUUGACUCUUUAUUCAUAGGUCAAGUGCAGGUUUCUUGCCAGAGGAAAUAUAUUAUGUAUAAAAGAGUUAAAAGUGGUCGAAAAAACCUGCACUUCUUAGAUAGUAGCUGCACAGUACCUACUACUAUAUCUUAUUCUAUUUACCUGUUUAUAUUCAUUAGGAAUUCAAAUUGUUAUAUACACUCUUCAAGUACACAUCUGUAUAUUUUAUAAAAUAUACAUUGACACUUUGUAAGAAAUUCUGUUUGGGUAUUGCAAUGAGUCCAGAAUUCAAGUGUGUAAUCCAAUUAAUAAAUUAUCAUAUUGAUAACAACGUUGGGGUGAUACACAGAUUUGUAGGGAAUAAGGUGAAUGUAUUGCUGUAAUUUCUUACAUUUUGUAUGCUGUAUCUUCACAAUGGUUACUGCACUCAACAGAAGUUGUUUAUCCCUCGUUUUUUGUCUCUUGUUGUCUCUUUGACUAUUGCCUAAUUAUGUACUUAACUAGUUUUAAGAUGGUUGGUUGUAUACUUUAAUGUUAUAUAUAUUGGCUCUUGUCAUUCCAUUUAAAAAUUGUUCAAAUUAAAUAUUUUGAUACUAUCUAUGUAUUUUAUAAUAUUGAAUUUGUUAUUUUUGAAUUCUAGAUUUGAUAGAAGAUUAGUUGUUAGUUUUCAUUAUUUAUUUAUUAGAGUGCAGGUGUAAACUAUUGUUACAUAUUAUUGUGACUAAUAAACACUACUUUCUGAAUUAUAA